AUGGCUAGACGGUCUAAUAGGCGCAAGCGCGGUCAUGACAGUUCAGAGGUCGCUGAGAAGCAUAAAAUCGCUAAAUUAAUUGAAUCACAGGCUUCCAAGAAACGGAAAAGUCCCCAUACGUCUGAGGACACGACUGGUCUACGGGAACAAUACGGUACAUUGCUUUCAAGAUUCAGUAAUCUUGCCGAUCAGCCGCUGGAUGAUGCUAGUGGUUUGGUAGCGACUGUCGAGCUCCAGAUUCCGAAUGGAGAAGCAGAUGGUGAGACGAAGGAAGAUGAGAAUGCUCCAGUCGAUGAGAAACAACAGGAUCACAAGAUAUCGAAGCGGCAACUGCGGAAGAUGGCCAAGCCAAGCCUUUCUGAACUAAAGAAAACUGCUCUCUAUCCGGAAGUCAUCGAGUGGUACGAUUGCGAUGCUCAAUACCCAGCUUUGCUAGUGAAUAUAAAAUCAUCAAAGAAUAUUGUACAAGUGCCUGCCCAUUGGCAGACCAAGAGAGAAUAUCUCUCUGGCAGAUCGCUGUUGGAGAAGAAACCUUUUGAAUUACCGGACAUCAUAAAGCAGACUGAUAUAGAAGUGAUGAGGAAGACGAUUCCGGAAGAUGAAAAUGGGAAAGAAGAUCCUAGUUUGAAGCAGACAUCCAGGGCCCGUGUUCAACCUAAGUUAGGCUCCCUUGAUAUAGAUUACAAGAAGCUACAUGAUGUGUUUUUCAAGUUAGGUGCCCGAUGGAAGCCAGAUAUUCUGCUUGCUUAUGGUGAUCAAUAUUACGAGAAUAGAAAUCUGCAUGAAGAAGCCGUAUGGAAAAAAUACAGAGAUCAAAAGAAACCUGGCAAGAUAAGUUCCAAACUGAGGCAGGCCAUGGGCCUUUCGGAGGGCCAGUUGCCACCUUGGUGCGCAAAGAUGAGGACACUAGGCAUGCCUCCGAGCUACCCCGAUCUCAAGAUUGCUGGCUUAAACUGGGAUAUUGAGAAUCUAAGAGGAGAAGUAUAUGGGAGUUUGAAAGAUCCGGAUGCCACGAAGAACACUCAUCCACUGUUUGGCACCAUAAUUUCAGCAUACGAUGAGCCUGAAACGACAGAAGAAUCGAAAACGAAGCGGAAGGAGGCACAAGAACAUACAGUUGAACAAGCACUAGAACCUGUCAAGACUAUUAUUGUGGAUGAUGGAAAACAGGUAACACAAACAACAAAAGUUUCACCGCCUGCUGGAAGUCCAGUACCGCAAGAGAGUCCGAAAGCGUCUAAAGCACUCUAUACCGUGCUGAAAGAAAAAGCAGUCGAAGAGACCGCUAGACGCCAAGGCGUUGCUUAUGUGAUACAUGAUGUGGUUAAGCAGGACGACAACCGAACCCAGACAGAAGUUUCAGAACAAAUUGAAGAUCAGAUUGAUACCAAAUUCAAAUUCUAG